UGGAGGAGAGGCAAUCGCCUUCUCCCUGCUCGUCGCGGCCCUCCAGCCCCAGGACCCCACCCUGUGAGAUGUUUGGUUCUGUGGGCAUUGAGGCUGUGCUAGACCAGCUGAGGAUCAAGGCCAUGAAGACCGGGUUUGAGUUCAACAUCAUGGUAGUAGGGCAGAGUGGGCUAGGCAAGUCCACCAUGGUGAACACGCUGUUCAAGUCCAAAGUGUGGCAGUCAAGCCUGCCCAACCUGGAGCUACCCAUGCCACAAACCUUGGAGCUGCACUCUGUGACCCAUGUCAUCGAGGAGAAGGGAUUGAAGCUGAAGCUGACAGUGACAGACACACCUGGCUUUGGAGACCAGAUCAACAAUGACAAGUGCUGGGACCCUAUCCUGAGCUACAUCAACCAACAGUACGAGCAGUACCUACAUGAAGAGCUCCUCAUCACUCGCCAGCGCCACAUCCCCGACACCCGCGUGCACUGCUGUGUCUACUUCGUACCACCCACUGGCCACUGCCUACGGCCCCUGGACAUUGAGUUCCUGCGGCGACUGUGCCGGACUGUGAACGUGGUGCCCGUGAUCGCCCGGGCUGACAGCCUGACCAUUGAGGAGCGAGACGCCUUCCGGAGCAGGAUCCAGCAAAACCUGAAAACUCACUGCAUAGAUGUGUACCCACAGAAAUGUUUUGAUGAGGAUAUCAACGACCGGCUCCUGAACAGUAAGAUCCGGCAAGAGCAGAUCCCUUUUGCUGUGGUUGGGGCUGACCGAGAGCACCUAGUAAAUGGGAGAUGUGUCCUGGGCCGCAAGACCAAAUGGGGCAUCAUUGAAGUGGAGAACAUGGCACACUGCGAGUUUCUUCUCCUGAGAGACCUGCUCAUCCGCUCCCAUCUCCAGGACCUGAAGGACAUUACCCACAAUGUGCACUAUGAGAACUACCGGGUCCUCAGACUCAAUGAGAGCCACCAGCUGCCCCGUGGGCCAGGCUGGGUGAACCUGGCCCCAGCCUCCCCAGUACAGCUGACGUCCCCUGGACCAGGGAAGGUCCGGAAGCGAGUUAACAAGGACUCCAGGGAAGAUGAGUGCUGAGUGUCAUAGCCCCAAGCUUGCUAGGCUUCUCCACUCCAAAGCAGCCAGCCCCCAACACACACCUAUGGACUAGAGCAUCUACGAGAAGCCGACGUUGCUUUGUACAAAAAGCUGUGCUUUGACAACUAAAGGGUUUGUAAAUAAGUCCUCUGAGCCAGUCUGAU